AUGAUGUUAUGUGUGUUAGCUACAGUAAUCAUUUUGAUAGCUUCUAAAAACUUCUCAAAGUUAUGGUCUACACUGAACUUUCCCAUCUCUGUAUACGAUUGGAAUGCUCCCAAGAAAACCUUAUGUCCUAAAUCACCAAUCAAUCAAGCAAACACUGACAUGAAAAUAAACAAAAUCAAGAAGCAGCUAGACCAGCUCAUCCCACAUAGGCCAUUCUCUCAUGUCAAUACCACCACAAGUGCAGUCCACAGUGUGGCCAAAAUCAUCAAUUCUAAAACCACCUACUGCAGAGGAGAUCAGCUAGAUAUUCUCUUGGAGGUGAGAGACUACUUGGGACAAAGAAAAAAAUAUGGAGGGGACUUCUUAAGGGCCAGGAUUUCUUCCCCAGAACUGAAGGCAGGAGCUUCAGGAAAAGUGACUGACUUCAACAAUGGCACCUACCUUGUCAGCUUCACUUUAUUCUGGGUGGGCAGAGUCUCUGUGUCUCUUCAGCUCAUCCACCCCAGUGAAGGGGUGUCUGCACUUUGGAGAGCAAGGAAUCGGGGCUAUGAUAAAGUGAUUUUCACAGGCCAGUUUGCCAAUGGCACAUCCAAGGUCUUCACUGAAUGUGGCCUGGUUCUAAACACAAGUGCUGAAUUGUGCCAGUACCUGGACCAACGAGACCAAGAAGCCUUCUACUGUGUGAAACCUCCACAAGUGUCCUGUGAUGCACUGGUCCAGCUGAAAUCUAAGAAUAAGGAAGUUUCUUAUCUUAGCAUGCUAGAGAAAAGCCUCUUUAUCAGGUUCAACAUAGGGGUGGAGAUUUUGAAGAGCUUUGAUCCCAUCAGUGUCUCGAUGUGUAACGACCAAACAAUACCAUUAAAAGGAAAAUGCAAACCUGGGAUGUGGCCUCCAGUCCCUACUGGCUAUGUCUGGCAUAACACAUGGAAUCUGGUUUCCUGCAAUUUGUCUCAUUUCCACACAGAGACCCAAAUGAAUGUUUGUUUGAAGGGAAAGCUCAUUUAUAUCUUGGGAGAUUCCACAACCCGUCAGUGGAUAGAAUACUUCAUAAAGCACAUUAAAACACUAAAGCCUGUUGACCUCCAUGGAUUUGGGAAUCUCCGUCAUCAACUUGUUGUGGACUUGGAAAGGAAGAUCUCCAUUCAGUGGCAAAGACAUGGCUACCCCUUGAUUGGCUCAAGUGUUUAUUCAGCAAAAGAUAAUGAAUACCUAGCCCAUGCCAUUGACAGAAUUGAAGGAGACAGAAACACCAUUGUUGUCUUUACUCUGGGCCAGCACUUUAGGUUUUUCCCCAUUGAUGUCUUCACCCGACGAGCCAUCAAUGUCCACAAUGCCAUUGAACGUCUAUUCCAGAGAAGCCCAGAGACAAGAGUUAUCCUCAAGGCUGAAAAUACUAGGGAAAUUAGUAUUGAUUCUGAGCGACUUAGUGAUUUUCAUGGCUAUAUUCAGUCUCUGGUUUUGAAAGACAUCUUCCAGGAUCUCAAUGUGGCUGUCAUUGAUGCCUGGGAUAUGAACAUAGCCUAUGGCACUAAUAAUGUCCACCCACCUGAAUAUGUGGUUGAGAAUCAGAUUAACAUGUUCUUAAACUACAUUUGCUAG